AUGGAUCUUUUGGAGUUGGGGGACCUGGGCAGCGGCUGUGAAGAUGAAAACUGUAGCCUUGCAUCCGGCUUCCCAGAGAGCUGCACAAACCAAGAGUGCCAGGGGGAUGAAUCAGUGUUUGGACUGAUUGAGUUAGUGUGUGUGACGGUCAUUUACAUUCCACUGAUGCUCUUCGGCCUUCUGGGAAAUAUGCUAACAAUUCUGGUGGUUUGGCUGCGACCUCACAUGAGAAGUUCUACCUACCUCUACCUGAGCAGCAUGUCUGUCAGUGAUCUGCUCAUACUGCUGCUGCUGCCUCUGGAUCUGUAUAAGCUCUGGAGGCCCAGUCCCUGGCCCUUCGGAGACCUUGCCUGUAAGCUGACCAUGUUCCUCUCAGAGUGUUGCACCUUCUGCACCAUCCUCCACAUCACCUUCCUCUCCCUGGAGAGGUACCUGGCAGUCUGCUGGCCAAUCACCGCCAAGACCCUGGUAACACGGCGCAGAACCAGGACUAUCAUUGGGUGCCUCUGGCUGGGUGCGGCCAUCAGUGCAGCACCGGUGCUGGUCAUGGUUGGAGUGGAGGAUGUCGGGGGAGAGGAGUUAGGACUCAGUGGAUGGAGAGAUGGCGGAGAGUGGACAAGCAGGGAAGGAGAACAGGGAGGGUUCAUGAUUAGUGGAAAGGAAAGAGAAAAUAGACACAUGGCCUUGAAGGAUGGAGAGCUAGAAGGACUAAAAUGGGAAGAAAAAGAGAAAAGGGAAUGGAAUGAAAGAGUUGGGGAGUUUAAAAGCUUUGGGGAGAAAGAAGAGAGAAAAUUGGGAAUAGGAGAAAGAGAUGAGAGGACACAAAAAGGUGAGGGAGGAGGUGAAGAGGAAGGAAAGAUGGAAGUUGUGGCAGAGCGUCAAAAUAAAAUGAAAGAAGAUGAGGGAGGAGGAAGGGCAGAAGGUGUGGUUGGAGGUCAGGGAGGAGAGAUUGACAAGAGAGAGUGUCGCUGCACACACUACGCUGCCUCCUCUGGUCUGUUGUCGGCCAUGAUGAUUCUCUCUAACUUGUACUUCCUGGUGCCCCUCUGCAUCCUGGGCCUGGUCUACAGCCUGAUUGGGCGGACACUAUGGCUCCGUCCACAAAGCAGCCGUAGAGACCAGAGUCACCGGCACACCGUCAAAAUGCUGGGAGUGAUUGUCUUGGCAUUUGUCCUGUGCUGGCUGCCUUUCCAUGUGGGUCGGACCAUUUUCUACAGUCAGGAAACAAACAUGGACACAAACUCACACUUAGACAUAUACUAUCUGUCUCAGUACUUCAACCUGGUGUCCUCUGUCUUCUUCUACCUUAGUGCUGCUGUCAACCCUUUACUGUACAAUCUUAUGUCUGCCAGAUAUAGACACGCUGUACACAGCCUCAUAUACACACGUUCUCACACACACUCUCACCGCCUGCCCACACUCACGGCACGGCACUCCACGACCACUAUGUAAAGGCAAAUACUGUGCGCACAGAAAUACACGCACAGACUGCAUGCAAAAAACAGAAACAACACAUUGUGGCCUCUAUUUAAAACUUGUUUGCUUUUUGAUUGAAUUAAAUGUCAUAUUGUAAAAAAAAAAAACAAUUAUAUAGUUGUCAGCAAUGACACAGUGAGAGUUUUGAUGUACAGAUAAUAAAAGGGCAUUUUUGUGUUUCUCAAUGAAUUGAUGUUUCCCUGCUCUGUUUAUCAACAUUCUGAUGGAAAUAGCAUCAGGAAAUAUGAUUACCUAUUGAUUUGUAAAUACAGUUACUCUGUUACAAGAUCUGUGAGUUCACAUUUAUACAGUAUUUGGCCCAUAGAUUGUGCCUUUGAUAUGAUAUGGUCAUACUUUCUCAUCACAUUAUGACCCCCUUACCCCCCUGUCAAGAACUUUGUUUGUAUAUUUAUUG